GCUGGGCCCCGGCGCGGCGCGCGCGUACGGGGGCCCACGAGGCUGCUGUUCCUUCAGGGUUUGCUGGGUGCCCCGGCGCGCCGAGUCCGUUAUAAAUCAAGAGGAGUUGAGAGUCUGGUGGCAUGGCUUUAAUUACCUUGCGGAGGAACCUUUGUCAUUUAUCUGAUUUUCGGAUACAUGGAGCUGUGGCUGGUCUGAAAACUCAACGUGUCAUUUGUGUUCACAAGACAGUCAAGGAGCAUCUGUGUCCAUGGUUCUGGUCACUGCAACUUGAGCCUGUUAGGGUCACGUUCCAUCAUGCCCAUUCUAAAAAGUUCCAUUCAGAAAACGGAAAUGACCUUCAUCCAGUUGGUGAGCCAGUGUUCUCUCAAGUACACGCUUGGGACAGGUCUGAACACAGUGUUAAAAAUGUGGAUGAACAGAUAUUUUACAGGAGACUAAACAGCUUCGCUUCAUCGGAAGAACUCUUACAUUAUAUAAGCACACUGAAGACUUUGCCUGAUACUAUGGCAGCAGGAGCCUUACAUCGGAUUUGUGAAAUGGAAAAAAAAGAUGAUGGUCAAAGGUUGCCAAAAGAAAUACUGGAGAAUAGCGCCUUUCAAGCUUUGUGUAAUCAGUUUGCACAGAACCCCUCAAAUCUGUCAAACACGGGUUUGGUGACUGCUUUGCAAGCCCUGACCCUGUAUGUGGAUCCCCAAAGUCGCUUGCUGCUGAGCCUCCUUGCAGAGUGCCACCAUCGUCUCGAAAUGGGUAGCCUGGACAUUCACAGUCUUUGUAUCCUGGGGGAAUGUCUGAUUAAACUGCAAGGUCCAGGUUGUUCGACACUAGACCUGAUUAUAUAUCAACUGCAAGGUGAAAAUUUGGAAGAAUUUACCCCCGAGGAUAUUGUGACCCUUUACAGAAUACUGCAGGCAUGUCCUGAAAAAGUUGACCAACAACAGACGUUUUUAAAUAAGAUAAAUAACUUUUCUCUGUCAGUAGUUUCCAACCUGAGUCCUAAGUUACUGAGCCAAAUGCUCACUGCCCUGGUGGUCCUUGAUCAAACUCAGGCACUUCCGCUGGUUAUAAAAUUGGGUAAAUAUGUUGUGAGGCAUAUCCCUCGUUUCACUAAUGAAGAGCUCAAAGAAGUCUUAGAGGCAUUCAUCUACUUUGGGCACAAUGACAGAUUUUUUACAGAAGCCCUAGAGCAACAUGUCGCUUCACUCUCUCUCACUCUGGAUCCCGAGGUUGUCAGCAAAGUCAUGGAGUAUUGCAGUAGAAAGCUGAUUUUUUCAAAACCCAUCCUCAAUGCAGUGGCAGAAACUUUUGUUUGUCAGUCAGAAAAAUUUUCACCUAAUCAAAUUGCUGAGUUAAUUGAACCAUUUGGAAAACUCAAUUAUUUGCCACCAAAUGCCUCUGCUUUAUUUAGGAAGCUAGAAAACAUACUGUUAACUCGUUGCAAUUAUUUUCCACCCAAAACACUAUUGAAACUUCUCCAUUCAUGUUCACUUAUUGAAUGCCAUCCAGUCAACUUUAUGGCCAAAAUAUUCAGCCCGUAUUUUCUUCAGCAGCUGCAAGGUGAAGAGUCCUAUUUGGACAGACUGAGCCUAGCACAACUGACCCAACUUUUCUUAACCGCGAUUCUAGAAUGCCCGUUCUAUAAGGGUCCAAAACUUCUUCCUAAAUAUCAAGUGAAAUCAUUUCUUACUCCGUGCUCUUCCCUGGAGACCCCCAUGGAUUUUCAGCUUUAUAAAUCUGUGAUGAUUGGACUGAUUGACCUUUUAGGAGCAAGAUUGUACUUUGCUUCAAAAGUGUUAACACCCUAUUGUUACACGAUAGAUGUUGAAAUUAAAUUAGAUGAAGACGGAUUUGUAUUACCAUUUACAGUUGAUGAAGAUAUACAUAAAAGGGUAGCACUGUGCAUUGAUGGUCCAAAAAGAUUUUGUCUGAAUAGCAAACACUUAUUGGGAAAGGAAGCUACUAAACAAAGACAUCUGUACUUACUUGGUUAUCAAGUUGUCCAGAUUCCCUAUUACGAGAUUGAGAUGCUAAAGUCAAGACUUGAAUUAGUGGAAUAUUUACAAAAAAAACUAUUUUCUCAAAACUCUGGUGGUCACUGGUAAGAAGAAUGAAUACUGACUUCAGAACUCAAAUAGUGAAAGAACUUGCAAAUUAGCUGUUUAUUUAUGGACUGUGGUGAUCUGAAAGGGGUCUCUAGUUUCCUUAUACCAUGUAUACACUUAACAGUAGCAAAUUUAAAAUUAAUUUUAACCUUCAUUUAAUACUGGUAUCAGAUACUUUUAUACAUCAAACAGAAUCGAUCAAGUACAAUAAAGGAACGUAAUGAG